AUGCUUAGAAGUGCUCUCAGUCAUUCUAGACGUGGUUACGCCACUGCCAGUCCCUUGAUUGUAAAGAACAACCGUAUUUUGGCCUCUGUUAUUUUGUCACGUACACCUCAAAUCACCCGUGAUGCCACCCCUUUUGAAGAGGCUUAUUUCGAUUACCGUGAAAAGCUUGAACGUCAAGAAGCCAGCGGUACUCCCACCGAUUUUUAUUUUAAGAAGGGUUCAGUUGCAGAACGUCGUUGGAAACACGAGGAAUUAGCUCGUCAAGAGUCCAUGAAGAAUACAACCACUUCAUUGACCGAUGCAGUUGAAGACAGUCAAGUCACAUGGCAAAAGGCCAACGAAGGUCUUGCUGCCAUCACAAAGGCUGAGAAAUUAGAUAGAUCCACUGAAGCCGAUAAAAAAGACGACAAAAAGAGCUUAGAUCGUUCAUUAAAGCAGACAUUGUACCUUGUUGUCAAGAAGGACGGUGAUAGCCUUAACCCCUGGCAAUUCCCUCAAGGUCCCGUUGACACUUCAGAAUACUUGCACGAGGCAGCAGAACGUACUUUAAAGGAAGAAUGUGGUGUAGACAUGGAUACCUGGUUUGUUGGACGUCAACCUAUUGGACUUUAUAAGCAAGCUUCGACUAAAGGACAAGAGGACACUGGUUUCAAGACAUUCUUUAUGAAGGCUCGUGUGUAUGCUGGUCAAGUCAAGCCCAGUAAAGAGAUUACUGAUUUUGCUUGGUUAACAAAGGACGAAUUAUCCAACACUCUUUCACCUGAAUACUACAAGGCUGUCAAGGAUAGUUUAGGAGCUAUCUAA